AAAAAAUAAGAGACGCUUGUUCCUUUUUUACCCACCGUUCCUUCUAUUCACGUAUAGACCUNCACCUAGACCUUCUUCUCUCAAUCAUGCGCACCUUCCGCCUCCACCAUCUGCCUUCCGUUCCGGUCACCGCCACGAGCCCCCUGUACCUCCAGCUCCGUCAAAACUCGGAGACAACAUCAUCAGUCGCUGCCUCUUCCACCAUAGCUAUUUCUGCUUCCGUCUUCCCCACUGCCACCGCCCUGGAGCAAUCGAUUUCAUGGUUUGAUGUCUGGAGCAAUCGAUUUCGAGGUUUGGCAUUUGCAAUCAAUUUCAAGUUGAAUUUGAUUUGGAAGGUUACUAGAACAUUGUGUUGAAAAGAAUGGUGAACCAACAUUAGUGGUGGCUGCAGAAAGGGAGAGGCUUCAAAGGAGUAUCAAUUUGCUGCAGGAAUCAAAAGAAAUAAUCAAACAGGGAUGGAUGGUUUUUCAACUAUAAAGGGAUUUUUUUUAAUAAUUUUCUGCAUUAAAAGUGUAAAAGCUGUAUUUUGAUUUUGUAACAGAUUAUUUCUUGUUUCAUCUUCGUAAUUUGGAAUUUUAGGUGAAUUUGUAUUUAAAAGCUGUGAACAGUGGAUUAAAAGUUGUGAUUUCCUUCAA